AGAGAGAGAGAGCGAGAGAGAGGAGGAGGACGUUAAAGGAGAGGAGGAAGGCAAAGGAGGGCUGAGAGGUUACAAGGGGGAAAGGCAGAAGCACAGAGAGAAAGAAAGAAAAAAGAAGGAACAAAAGAAAGAAAGAAAGAAAGAAAGAAGACAUUGCACCCAAAAAGGAGAGCAAAAUCACUCAAAACAUUUAUUCAAAAGUUAAGUAUCAACAGGUGACAAAUCAGCUAUCAACAAGCCUCCAGCUACUGGGACCCCCUUUGUUACCUCACAAUGGCUGCCGGUCCCGCGGUAACCGUCACCACGAUGCUGGUUGUCGUCAUGGUGUUUGUUGCCCCAACAUGUGGAAUGAGUAACGAGCUGGACUACGGGAACUGGAACUACAGGGAGGGAGCGGAGAGCGUGGACGUGACCUACGUGCGGAGCGUGACGCGAGUGCUGGACUCCUGGGGCAAGAAGAUCUUCAACGAGAUCAAGACCCUGCUGCACUCCCAGCCCAGCGCCCUCCUGCCCGACUACUCCAGGGUCCGCCCUCUCUCCGAGUCCCUCAACGACCUCUUCCGAGAAGUCUUGCACUUGCAGAGGCGCAUCACCGACCUCAACCAUCGCCUAGCAACCCUGGAGCCCGUCCUCCGUCGCUACGGAUACCGCACGCGAGGGGAGGAGGAGGAGGAGGAGGAGGAAGAGGAGGAUGAGGAGGAAGAACAGCAACAGCAGCAGCAGCGGCGGCGGCAGAAAGAGAUGAUGAUGGGAAUAGAGGAAGGGAGAGGGAGAGAGAGGCGGAGAGAGAGCGGAGGAGGAGGAGGAGGAGGAGGAGGAGGAGGAGAGGGGGGCAAUAGGGUGCCGCUGGCGUCCCGGGGUGGUGGGUACCCCCGGGGGGGCGGAGCGGGCGGUGCCAGCCUGGUACCACGGCAACCCACGCGCCGGUACACCGUCAGGACGGUGCGUCCCGUGAGGCGGGUGGUGCGCACCAGGAGGGUGAGGGUCUACAAGGACAAGGACGGCAACGUCAGGGUGCUGGAGAGUGAUGCUGGAGAGAGAUAGAGAGAGAGAGAGAGAGAGAGAGAGAGGGGGGAUGAAGAGAGAGAGAGAGAUGCUAGAAGGAGUGGGUGAGAGAGGAAACGUGUGUGUGUGUGUGUGAGAGAAGGAAAGUCAGAAAGGAGUGGGUGAGAGGGAGUGUGUGUGUGUGUGUGUGUGUGUGUGUGUGUGUGUGUGAGAGAGAGAGAGAGAGAGAGAGAUACUGAAAGGAGUGGGUGAGUGUGUGUGUGCGUGUGUGUGUGAGAGAGAGAAAGAUACUGAAAGGAGUGGGUGAGUGUGUGUGUGUGUGUGUGUGUGUGUGUGAGAGUGUGUGAGAGAGAGAGAAAGAUACUGAAAGGAGUGGGUGAGAGAGGGAGUGUGUGUGUGUGUGUGUGUGUGUGUGUGUGUGUGUGUGUGUGAAAGAGAGACCGAGAGAGAGAAAGAAAAAAAGAAAGAAAGAAAGAGGUAGUGAGUGAAUAUGAGUGAAAACUCUCAAGAGAUAAGAGACAGGGUAGAGGAACUGAAGUUGUGAAUGCCUACAUCUUGCAAAUAUUGUAUUCUGUCAAAUCUGUGUGUAUAUGUCUAAACUAGACUAUGACUGUUCUAUACCUGUUGCAAUAUGGAAUCACUAUGCAUAUGAAUAAACGUUUAAAAAUAA